CUAGCCUACUAGGUGCACCCUUGGCAGUCUUGUUGCACUCUCCUUACGGUGCACGGUCGUCUCAUUUCCCACACUCCCCCUAGAAAGUAUGCAAGGCAACGAAGAAAGCGAGCCAAUUCUGAAGAUACGCGAGGUUAAGAAGGACAGCGUCAACUUCACAUUGGAGAAUGUAGACCUUGCACUCGCCAAUUCCAUUCGACGCGUCGUAAUGGCAGACAUUCCGACUGUAGCUAUCGACAUGGUCGAAGUGCAGGCCAACACGACCGUCCUUCCUGACGAGUUUAUUGCCCAUCGCUUGGGAAUGGUACCACUAGUCAGCACAAACUGUGAUGAGGCUAUGCGACUACUACGAGACUGCACAUGCGAAGAAGGAUGUCAGUUUUGCUCGAUUGAACUAAGACUCGACAUCUCUUGUCAUGAUAAUCGCACGUUGGAGGUCACAAGCAAUCAUCUUGAAGUAGUUCCAUUUCCCUUUCAGGAUACCGCCGAAUCUCUCUCUGGUGACGAGCUUUCCAAGCGCAGUGAAGACUUUGGACAUCCCGUAGGGAAAAAUGACCCUUCUGCGCAACCAGUGCUGAUUUGCAAGAUGCGCAAAGGACAAGAGCUCAGAAUAAAAUGCAUUGCAAAGAAGGGUAUAGCUAAAGAACACGCCAAGUGGUCUCCAUGUUCUGCCGUCGCGUUUGAGUACGACCCCUAUAAUAAAUUACGGCACACCACCUAUUGGUUCGAGGCCGACGAGCGGGCGGAAUGGCCUGUCAGCGAGAACGCCAAAGAGGAGGACGCGCCCAGGGAGGACGAAGUGUUUGACUAUAACGCAAAGCCCCGAAAGUUCUAUCUCGAAGUUGAGACGGACGGGAGUCUUGGGCCACAAGAAGUCAUGAUGAAGGGCCUUACUGAGCUGCAAACAAAGCUGGCGAACUUAAUCCUGGGUCUCAAAGCCCCGCCUGAUUCUGAUAUGUUUGCCGCAGGCGAUGGUGCAGUAAAUCUGAACGGAGCGGGUCCAUCAGAACAGCAAGGCUGGGGACAGGGACCCUGGGGAGGUCAGGUCGGUUCUGGUGGGGGUGCCAGCCCUUCGGGUGCCGGUGGUCAAUGGGGAUCGGCGAGUGGAUCCGGCGGAAGCUGGGGCACUGGGCAGGGAGCAUGGGGAAAUGCUGGAAAUACCAGUCCAUCACAUAAUGGCGUCGCUGGGGCCGGUGGCUGGGGAUCCAGCUCUACGACGGCAGGGUCAAACGCAUGGGGAGGUCAGACCAAUCCUGGGGAUGGCACUAGUGGCGGCGCAUGGGGUGGCCAGGGUGGAUGGAGCAGCCCGCGUGCGACGCAUUCGCAGACCGGAUGGAACAUAUGAUCCACUUGGCUCGAGGAGGUGGUUCAUUGACGUCGGCGUGCUGCUUUCCUUUGCCUAAUAAUGGCCUACCGAAUCCUGGAUGUACACUACACAUUCCAUCUACACCUUCUCUGAGUGCCCC